AUGUUGGCAGAGAAUCCUGGAAACCCUUUGAACUCUGACCUCCUCCAGAGGUUACCCUGCGGCAAACAUGAGCAGGGGGCAGUAUCACGGCGGUCAGGAGACGUCCUGAGGCGAGGGACCUCCCAGCGCAGCUGCUUCCUGGGGGUGGAGACAUGGGCGGAGCUGGUGUGGGAGACCUGGGAGCUGGGGAGGGAGUUCACCAAGACCCUGCUGCUGAAGAAUGUCCACGGGAAGCUGCAGAAACUGAGCUUCAGGCCUCCUGUCUCGAAGUCCUUCUCCACGCUGUUUCCACACACCAUCACCCUGAGUCCAGGGACCUCCUUCUCCUUGCCCAUCACCUUCCGCCCCCUGGACAGGUGUGAGCACUCAGACAGCAUUGAGUUCCAGAGCCGGAUGGGGACCUUCCAGGUGUCCCUGCGUGCCACCGUCCCACGGCACGCCCUGGUGGUGCCUGAAUCGGUGCUGCUGCCCCCCUGCGCUGUCCUCGACAGCUCCCGGACCACCUUCCCGCUCCGCAACGCCAGUAAGCUGCAGACGAAAUUCCUGUGGGAGGUGAGCGGCCCCUUCCAGCUGUCCCCAGAGAGCGGGGUGCUGGAGCCGGGGGAGGAGCGUCACGUGAUGGUGCUCUUCAGACCACAGGGGGCGCUGGUGUACCAGGAGGAGGCCAGCUGCGUGUUCGGGGACGAUGGGGAGAGCCGCUGCACCUUGCUCCUGCAGGGCCUGUCGAAAUACCCCCAUCUGCAGCUGCAUGCACCGGGGCACGAGGAGGGCUGCAGCGUGCUGGAUUUCGGCAGCGUGCCCGUCGGCAUCUCUGUGGAGAGACACUUUGAGAUCCGCAACCUGUCCCCGGUGAGUGCCCCCUUUGCUCUGGCUCGUGUUCAGCGGCCGGCGCUCCUGGAAUCAGUGUUUGGGUGUGAGGCACGGGAGGGGCGGGUGGCCUCGGGUUCGUCUGUGAAGGUGCCUGUGUCCUUCUCACCUCGCACUGUGGACUGCACCAGUGUGGAGUACCUCUCCCUCACCUGCCACGGCGGGGUCAGCAAAGCCGUCCUCAAGCUCACCGGCACCUGCACAGGCCCAUCUGUGUCGCUGGGGGCUGCGGUGCUGGACUUUGGCUGUGUGGAGCUGGGCAGGGAGACGUGGCGCACCGUGGAGAUCGCUAACACCGCCACUGCCGAGGCGCACUUCCAGUUUGACACGGACACUGCGGGGCACAGCGUCUUCAGCCUGGACCCGCCCUGCGGCACGCUGCCGGGCAACAGCAGCCUCGCCCUGCGUGUGCGCUUCCGCCCGCGGCACCCCAUCCCUCACCACAGGAGAGUGGCCUGCCUCCUUCUGCACCUGGAGCCUCUGUUUCUGGACUUGAUUGGCACCUGCCACUCUGAGGAGCAGAAGCCAGCUGUCCUGAGCCCGAAGCACUUGCACCUGUACCAGCUGCACCUGGCCCGCGGGCUCACCUGCUACCCCCCUGACAUCCUGAGAGCCAUGCUGGAGGAGAACAAGCUGCAGCUCGACCAGGAGGAGGCGCUGAUGCUACGAGAGGACCUGUUGGAGACCCCGGCUGUAUCAGACACCCCUUUCCCUGAGCAGAGCCACAUGGAGGAGUACUUCCAGGAGGCUGCGGGGGUUGCCGUGGGAGCGGAGCUCGGAGGGGGCGACUCCCGAGCACCCCCCCGCUCUCACGUCACAGUGGACCCCCCCGAGCUCCUCUUCCACGACGGACCCCGCUCGCUCCCCGUCUCGGUCACCAACCACACCAAGGGCCGGCUCAGCCUGGUCUGGACCCCGGCCCCGGACACGCCCUUCUCCAUCAGCCCCGCCUCCUGCGACCUGCCACCCCUCAAAAGCACCUCCUUCAGGGUGACCUACGCCCCCCAGCAGGACAACACCCUCCACGGCGCCCAGCUCGAGUGCUUCGCCUUUUACAAGGCACUGAGGGACUAUCGUCAGGUGGAGGAGCACACACUGUGUCCGCCCUGGUGUGUGACCGUGAGGGUCAGCGGGCACUCCUUCCAGCCUGGCCGAGAGCACUUCAUCCCCCGCUUCUCUCUGCAGCGCCCUCAAGUGGUGUUCCCACCACUGGCCCAGGUGUGCUACAGCACAGUCCUUCUCCAGAACACAGGGGACCUUCCCCUCACCUUCAGGCUGGACCCUGCCGAGUGUCCCUCUGUCAGCGUGGUGCCCACCAGCGGCCUGGUCAGGGGCGGAGCCCACCAAAUCCUCACCCUGAGGACCAUCCCGGGCGAGAGCCACGCCCACAAGCUGCCUCUCUCCCUGCAGUUUAACGCUUCUCCCAAUCACACACAGGAGCUGACCGCGGUCAGCGUUGCAGAGAAGCCGCGGGUGUCUCUGGAGGGGGAUGGCACCCUGUUCUUCAAGCCCACAGCAGUGGGCUCCGCCUCCUCCUGCCCCCACACAGUGAAGAACCUGAGCCGCCUGGCUCUGCGCUUCCAGUGGCGAGUUUGUAGCCCUGACGACCGAGUGCUCUCUGUUCAGCCAGCAGAGGGCGUUGUGCAGCCCAAUGAGGCCCUGGUGCAUACGUGGUGCUUCUCCCCAUUGGCUGAAAUGCAGUAUACUCUGAGGCCCACCCUGAUCUUCUGGCCAGCCCAGAGCCCUGGAUGCAAGAAGUCCCGUCUCUCUCUCAAGGUGGUGGGGGAGGCCUCCAAGGGUUCCAUCCAGGCAGAGCGCUCUGUACUCGACCUGGGUGAGGUGCUCGUUGGCAGCUGCCUGUCAGGUGACCUGCCGUUGAUCAACAACGGGUCAUGCCCUCUCAGCUUCUCCCUGACUGUGAAGCAGUGCAUCGUGGGUCCCGGCCUGCCGGAAGACGAUCCCGUUGCCCUGCAGCUGGACUCUCUCAGAGACACUGUCCCGGCCCGGUCCAGGAAGAUGGUGCGGUUCACAGUGAGACCGGCCCGGAGAGCCCGGUACUGCUGGUCCGUCAGCUACCAGAUCCUCAGCUCUGCCGGCUUGGAGCUCGAUGGACCUCAGGACCUGUGCCAGGUGCAGGGGGAGGGAGUGUUCCCCAUGUUUCAGGUGACCGACGUCCGCGGCGGCGGCAGCGGGGAGGGGCGGAGCAAGCAGCAACUGUGGGAGCUCUUCUCCGUGGAUGCACUGAACGCCUACCUGCGGCGAGACCCCACCCCGUCCGAGCUCACCUACAGAGUGCCCACGAGACACAGCCUGCGGCGCUCCCCCUCCAUCUUCAGUCCAGUUCUGUUGGACUUCAACUUUGGCGCGGCGCCGCUGGGCUCAGAGCCCUCCACUGCACUGCUGAUGCUGGAGAACACAGGGAACAUCCCAGUGGAGUGGUCCUUCCUGUUCCCAGAGGACCAGCAGAUCGAGCUGGAGUACUGGGCGGAGAGCGUGGAGUUCACGCCCACCGAGAUGCACCACAUGAAGGUGCAAGACAACAGGCUGUUCUCCAUCUCUCCCCGCUCUGGCAAGCUGAAGCCUGGCCAGCAGAGGGCAGUGCAGCUCAGUCACAGGCAUGCUUUUGCUGGGACUGACCUCCUCCCAGUCGUGCUGAAGCUGUCCCAUGGCAGGGAGAUCCUGCUUAAUUUCGUCGGGGUGACAGUGGAGGCAGAUAGGCCCUACAUUCACUUCACCUCCAACAGGCACACCCUCGCACCCGUGGCCAUCGGAGGGUUCAACCCCCCCAAACAGAUCUACGAGCUCUACAAUGGAGGCGCGGUCCCGCUCAGGUACCACAUCGACACUGUGCCCCUGGAACAGCUGACGGGGGACAGUUUCGGGCACCCAGUCCUGCAGUGCCUGAACCCACGCGGAGAGGUGCAGCCCGGCCGCUCGGUCUCCCUGGAGUGGGUCUUCUCCCCCCUCGAGGCUAAGACCUACAGCGUGGAUGUACCCGUCCACGUGCUGGAGGGAGACUCUACGCUGGUGACCUUUGAGGGCUGCGGUUUGGACAGCAGGGGUCUGGGAGAGGCCACGCCCGCUCAGCCAUACGGCAGCUCUCACUCCGUACCCAGCACACAAAGGGUGGCCUUACCUGGCCAGCUGGUGUUCCUGCCACAGGAGCGGCUCUCUCUGGGCGACGUCCCCGUCUGCUCCCGAAACACACGCAUCCUCUUCCUGACCAACGUCUCCCAGACAGACAGAGUCCUCUACACCUGGGACCUGGCUGACCAUGACCAACAGGUGCUGCAGAUCCAGCCUGCUUCUGGGACCCUGGCCGCAGGAGAGAGCGCCCUCUGCAUCCUCACCCUGCAGGCCUCUGGCAGCCCCAGCUUCUACCAGCUGGACCUCAUCUGUCAGGUGACAGCAGAGAGUGCAGUCACACAGUACCAGCAGGAGCUGGAGGACUGGGAGCAGGAGAGGGAGAGACAGAAGCAUGAGUUCACCCUGACAGAAAAGGACACCUGGCGCCCCAGUGAAAACCGGGACCGCGGCCACGUCCUGCAGGAUGACGCUCAGGUCACAGCUUUACCCAGACACCCGCAGGAAUGCGUAUUGCCUGCACAGAAAGUGGGGGCUGCUAUCAGAAAGUAUAAGACCCUGCCCCCCAUCCGCGGCAGUACCAGUGCCCUGGGGGGAGUUACGUGCGCGAGGCCCACCUGGGCGGAGCGGCGGGCCCAGAGAGAGGCUGCCCAGCUGUGGAGGAGGCCGGAGCCGCCCCGCCCGGCCCUGCUGCACCUGGGGGUGACCGCCCGCUCCCACUCCCUGCUGGAGUUCCAGCGCUGUUUCCCCUCCAGUCUCAGCGCUCACUAUGUCCACAGGACUCUGAAGCCCAGACGCCCCCUCUCUGCAGUGCGUCAGUUAAUACCUCAGCCAGGGGCCACCUCCACUCUCAGCCGUGGCUCUGAGAGAGAGAUCAUCACGCAUACCCUCACCUCCAUCCUCAGGAGCCUCCUCGAUGACCCCCAGUUUCAUCAGUCUCUGGUGGACAGCUCAGCAGACCCUGUGCCUUAUUUCACGCAGUUGCAGACCACGCAGCCCCAGCGCUCCCCUCCUCAUUCCCCUCCCACCAAGACCCUCUGUCCGGAGGACAGCACCAUCUUCUCUCUUUCCACCCCAGGGACUCCCUCUGCUGGCCAGGAGGGGCAUUGCAACACAGGCGUAGCAGAGCUGGAGGCAGAGUCGGCUCAGUCUGAGCCAGAGCCCAAGGAGGCCGGGCAGCAGGAGCAGCAGCUGAGGCUGCAGGAGUCUGUCCGCAGGCUGCCUGAGUUUUGCGACCUGGUUGAGGACGUGCUGCUCAACACGCUGCAGAACCUGAUGAUGGAGGCCUUCCUGGGGGAGCUGGUUCUGACCGCUCGCCCCCGCGUCAUUGCCCUUCCACCCACUUCUUCCAGGUGAGCCUCACACACCUGCGCCAAAACACCAAAAACACCUGCACCAUACGAGAUCUCCGAGCUGUGGCUCUAG